GAAUAUUUUCAUUCGAUGACUACGACUGAAACUCGACUUGACUCGUCACUCAUCCGACUCGACUCAAUUUUGGAUCCAUUCGACCAAGUUCGAAAGAGGACCACACACCGCAUGACACUCUCAAAAACUCAUGUUCGUUUUGGUUGAUUGGAUUUGACCAUUGCUUACGAUUGCCUUUGGUGGAGAAGGAGGAUCGAGGAGCUACUUUAGAAGCUCAGACCACAAACAACAAUCUAUAUGUUAGGCGAAAGGAAGGAGGGAGGAAGGAACGACAAACCGCAAGGAUGAGCAGCAACGACCCCAGUGAAGCCGAUCAUGGCUCCAACUUUGUCCCAGGAGCUGGACCCGAACGGCAUGCCCCUCAAGCGUUGGACCAUUUCAAGCGUGGCUAUCGAGAACGAGCGGAUCUUCGCGAUCGAGAGACGUCCAACAUGGAAGAAGGUGGAGAUGACGAUGGAAAUAAGAAGAAGAGCGAGGAUCAGCAGCCGCCCGUCAAGCAGGAAGAACAACAGCCUCCUCCACAACAGCAGCAGCAACAACAACCACCACAAGACUAUGAUCGUCGGCCUCCGCAGCAGCAUCAUAGUCACCGAGGCGGUGGUGGUGGUGGCGGCCGAGGUGGCGGCUAUAAUUCACGAGGUCCGGCUCCUCCCCGAAAUCGAGAUGACAUGACCUUUCGAGAAUACCGAAGGUACAUGGAAGAGAAUCCACAGUUACAAGAACAUCAUGGAGGACAUCGCGGUGGACGAGGUGGCCGCCGUGGAAGUUACCAUGGACAUCAUGGAGGACACGGUGGCGGUGGGUCUCAUAUUAUUAAAGGAAUGGAUAUUCAGGCGCUUGUCGAUCGUCUACAGAGAGCCCACAACCAACAAGGCGUGGCGCAAGAAUUGGAAAUUGCCCGAGAAAAACAUCGAGAAGUCUUUGAAUCCGGCAAGGCCCUCACGGCAAUCAUCUCCAGUGUGGCACGACGCAGAAACAUGAAUUUGGCAAAAGCCAUUUGGGAUUGGAUUGAUCAAGUGGGAAUCCCCAAAAACACAUUCCACUACAAUUCCAUGAUUAGUGCUUGCGAGAAAGUUAAAGAUUAUCGCAAGGCUCUGCAUUUGAUGGAGGAAAUGAAACAAAAGAAUAUCGCCAAGAACGAAGUGACCUUCUCGAGCGCCAUUUCAGCUUGCGAAAAGUGUGGGCAAUGGCGAACCGCGCUGGAACUGUUGGAUCAAAUGAAAAAGGAAGGAGCAGGACAAACAGCAAUCGCCUACAAUGCGGCCAUUAGUGCCUGUGAGAAAGGUCUAGUCCCCAACAAAGCCGUCGAAAUCUUUGAACAAAUGAAGAGGGAAGGAAUCAAGCCAACCGUUGUGACUUAUUCAGCAUUGAUCAGUGCUGCCGAGAAAGGACAGCAGUGGAAGUUGGCUCUAGAAGUGCUGGAAGAAAUGAAGGCGGAAGGGCACGGUGCCAACGUUGUGGCGUACUCGGCCGCCAUUUCAGCCUUGAGCAAAGGACAACAAUGGGAGCUGGCUUUACAGCUAUUCCGAGAGAUUGAAGCUUCUGGAGGAACUCCCAGUAUCGUAACCUACAAUGCGACAAUGACAGCUUUGGAGAAAGGUCUCCAGUGGGAGAGAGCUCUCGACCUAUUUGAUGAGAUGAAAUCUCGCAAUCUGCCCAUUACCGUGGUUAGCUACGGAAGUGCGAUCAGUGCCUGCGACAAGGGACUCCAGUUCCGCCAGUGCUUGGAGUACCUGGAUGAAAUGACCGAAAUGGGCAUUAGCAAGAACGUCAUCAUCUUUGGUGCCGCCAUGUCUUGCAUGGAGAAGUGCUGCCGCGCGGACAUUGCCUUCCAGCUGAUGGACCGUAUGAAAAUCGAAGGAGUGUCUCCAAAUGUGCACAUCUACAACAGUGCGAUUUCGGCUUGUGCUCGUUGCAACUUGUGGGAAAAGGGAUACGAAUUGUUUCGUGAAAUGGAUGAAGUGCGCGUGACGAGAGACGUUGUGACAUACAACGCUGUGUUGGAUGCUGUGAGCAGUCAGAUCCAGUUGGGUCGCAAACUGUUUCAAGAAGGUGUUGAGAAAGGUUUCUAUGCCAGGGUUUCUCGUUUGGGAACCCAAUGGCUGGAGUUGGAUUUGCAUUUUCUGUCUUUGGGCGGUGGUGAAAUUGCUCUUGGGUGGUGGUUUGAGGAAUGCUUGGUUCCUUACCUUGUGAAUACCUCCAAAUUGGAAGCUGUUCAGUCCAUUUCAAUUGUGACUGGGUACGGAAAAACACGCCUUCGCGGAGCGCGACAAGGUGACGAUGGAAUGCGAAAGCGUGUUCGAGCGAUGCUCAAAUUCAUGAAUAUACAGGAAACUCCUCAGCCAAACCGUGGCCGAGUUCACAUCGACAAACAAAAGCUAAUCGAGGUUGUCAAGCAAAACGGUGGCCGUGUGAUCUUUGAUCUGCAGGGGUACGAAGCCUACAAAGAAGAGGAAACAACAGCCAACAAGUUCCCCGACGUUGAGCAAAAGGUCAGACCUCGCUAUCGUCCGGAGAAUGCCAAUAUGGGUGGCCCUCCUUUCAUUCGCGUGGAAACAGAAAGCACUUCUCCUGAAUUCAGACGUGGAGAAGACCAGGCUGCCGAUCAAGGAGCCGCACAGCCAGAGGCUUUCGAGGAUCGACGAGGACCAGGAGGUGGCGGCGGCGGCCGUUUCCCUGAGGAAGAGGGCAGCCGUAGGUAUGAUCAAGAUGGUGGCCGUCCAGGAGGCGACCGUCGUGGCAGUGAUCAUCACGACAGGAGGAACAGUCGACACGACGACAGGUAUGGUGGUGGAGGAGGUGGAAGGAACCACUACGAUUCCAGAAAUCGCCGUGGGAGCUACAAUGAUGAUAACGACCGAUACCGCAACGGAGGUGGCCGUCGUGGGAGCGAUCGUUACCAGGAUCGCCGCGGCGGACACGGCUAUGACGGUCGCGACAAUCGCAGAGGUAGUUACCACGACGAUCGUGGAGGCGGAGGUCGCUACAAUGAUCGCCGUGACGGCUAUCGACGAAACAGCUUCAACGACAGGCGAAGGAGCAGCAACUACGGCCCAGGCGGUGAAGGAUAUGGAGGUGGAGAAGACGAUCGCAGGCGCCAUGAUGACGGUUAUGGCCGUCCGGAUGAUCGUUCUGAGGACAGAAAUGGCCGGCUCAAUGGCAACAACCAGCGUGGUAGCAGCACUUGGGAGCCUCCAGCUGGUGCUUCCGGUGACGCCGCUGAUUACUACGGACGUGGUGGUGGUGGUGGCGAGGGAGAUGACAAUCGCUUCCCAGCAAAUCGAGACUCCUUCUCGCAGCCUCCUCGAGACGAGCAAGGUGGCGGCGGUGGUGCGCCCCCACCUCAUGCAGUUGGCGCUGGUAAGGAAGACAGCACCAGUCAAGAGGCUGCACCUACUCCCGGCAAAGAAGAUGGCGGUACAAACCAAGAACCGGCCAAGAAGCGCAACAGCUACAGCGGACGUGGUUACUCUUUGGAGCCCGCUUCAUCCAAGCGCACGCGCACAUCUUAAAAGCGUUUGGCUUUGCAUUGCGGAUGAGGCAGGUUCUUGAAUUCAAAGUUUUCAUUCGGUCUCUGUCAGCCGCAUUACUAGUAUUAAGUAAAAAAUUGGCUGCACUCGCGGUAGCUAAGGACAAAUACAUAAUCAAAGAUUACGUUACUUUAUGUCUCUUUCGUUGGUAAACCGAAGGGAACACACAACCGAAAACUGUUACUUUGGUGCAGGGAGUGGUAUUCUCCCGCAAUGGUACCCGCUCGAGAAAGCAAGGUUACAGUGUACUCGUACCACUACUUUGGCGGCUCCCUUUUACUUUCAAACGGCACGAUGAGCAAGACUGAACUUGGUUGCUUACUAACCGGGCACCAAUACCAGUACAAGCCAGUGCAACAGCAACGUUUACAGUAUCGCUCUUUCUAGCUACAACGUAGUAAUUUUAAUUAAUAAAACUACAUUUCCACUUCAGUUCCGAUUCCCAGCUCCCUGGCCUUGGUGACGACAAAGUCUGCCGUCAUGACAUCCUGAAUGGCAGUUCCCACCCCCUUGUAGAACGUACAGUCAUACAGACUGCCAUUGUUUGCUGGAGAAAAGCUCUGUGGAUCUGCCAGCGCAUCUCCUAGUAAUGUGAUGGGAUGCUCUGUAUUAGUUUUUUCUGCCAAAUGCUUCAAA